AUGGUAGGAAGAUGGGUUGAUCGGAACCCAAACCGGCUUAAGACACUCUUGAACACCAUCUCUGUCAACCGAGCUGCUGUCAUCGGUGCUUCCAUCUUAUGGUUCUUUAUCGUUACUCCAAAUCCUUCGCCUUCAAUCAUCACCAUCUCCAGCAAUGAAGUUCUCAACCCUUUAAUCUUAAAAAGUUCAAUAUUUGCACUGAUCAUCUUACUUGGGAUCUUCGAAGCUCUCAGUGCCUCCGGGAAUAUGCUGUCCAUGGAGCGAGACUGGGUCGUCACAGCCGCAGCUCCGGAUGGUCAAGCCUACGACCUGACUCAUCUGAACUCGGUCAUGAGGAGGAUUGAUCUCAUCUGUAAACUCAUUGCCCCAAUCUUGAUCUCAGUCAUCAUCUCAGCUACAAGCACGAGGACUGGAGUUCUAGUCGUGGGGUCUAUGGGCGCCAUAAGCUGGGCUGCAGAGAUAUUAUGUGCACAGCGAGUCUGGAAUCAGAAUCCGUGUCUACAGGCCUUGAAAACCACAAAUAGUGAUGGAUCUGUAGACACGCAGGUCUUGCACCCUGUAACGAAUCUUGACAGAAUCUCCCAAGGCCUGUGUCGUUAUGCGCAGGACUUCAAAACUUACUUCUCAUCUACGGUUUGGAUACCAUCUGUUGCCCUUGCACUGCUUCACCUCUCAGCUCUUGCAUACAGCGCUACAUUCAUCACGUUUCUUCUGAGUACCGGAUUCUCUUUGCAGCUGAUCACUGUUGCUAGAGCGGCGGGAAGUCUGGUGGAGAUCAGCAGCACGGUCGUCACUCCUGUUGGAGUACAAUAUUUGGGCAAAGCGAGGAACCAUGGGCGGUUUAGAGGAAGAGAUGUGCUUGGCGAGGGGGAUAAUGAGACUUUGUUGAGCUUGGAUAGCAUUACAGAUAGAGGAGGGAGCACUGAGACGGGAUUGGAAAGGUUAGGACUUUGGGGAAUCUCGUGGCAGUUGUUGAAUUUGGUACCCGUCGUAUUCGCCCUCUGGUCUCUUUCUCCAGCCUCACAAGCUUAUCCGGGUCCCAAAGAUGGAUCAGACGGCUCCAGCCUCCUCGCACGUAUCGUCCCACGCACCUCACCCACCCUCAUCGCAUUCACACUCUGCACCUUCCUCUCACUCUCCCGCCUUGGUCUCUGGAUCUACGACCUCACGACUCAACAACUAACACAAACACUCACCUCGACGACCUCCCGGUCAUCUUUCACCGGUGUAGAGUACUCCUUCGUCUCUUUGUUCGAAUUAGCGCAGAAUUUAAUAGCGAUUGUCCUCAGUCGCCCGCAGGAUUUCAAGUGGAUUGCGCUGAUUAGCUGGGUUGCUGUGGCGAUCAGCACGUUGAUGUAUGCCACGUGGGUAUGGAGAAUGAGAGGGCAUUUAGUGCAUUGGGAGAGGUUGGGCAAGGGAUGUGAGUGUGUUGUCAGGAGAGAUCUUCAUGGUUGGAGACUGGGAAGGUGGACUGUAGGGAGGGGAUAA